CACCGGUCUCUUGAUUAUUGCCGCGUCGAGGCACACGAGAUUAUUUCUAAGGAAUAAAAAUAAGACAGUGUUACGAAAUCAGCACUACGGUAUGGUGUUUUGGACCGCCUAAAACAGGGAUUUUGCUUGCGACAGGGGAAGAUGGCCCGAUCAUGGGGUCUGUCCGUGGCCAUCGUGACACUUUACCUGCUGUUCUCGAAUAGACCUGUGGAGACGGCCACCGACUUCGAUCCCUACAAAAUCCUCGGAAUGACCAAGAGUGCUAGUCAAGCUGAAAUCAAGAGAGUGUACAAACAGCUUGCCAAAGAAUGGCAUCCGGACAAGAACAAAAACCCAGAAGCAGAGGACAUGUUCAUCAAGAUCACCAAAUCUUAUGAGAUCUUAUCCAAUGAGGAGAAGCGAGCCAACUAUGACCGAUAUGGUCAGACGGAUGAGAACCAAGCCUACGGGCAGCCACAGCAGGGCUACCGUCACUUCCACGACGGUUUCUACUUUGACGAGUCCUUCUUCCACUUCCCCUUCAACAACAAGGGGAGCCGGGACGCAGCCGACAGCAAAUACAUGCUGCACUAUAACCAGUACAUCAAUGAUGUUGUGCCAGACAGCUUUCGGCGGCCAUACUUGAUCAAGAUCACAUCGGAUUGGUGUUUCAGCUGCAUCCACAUUGAACCGGUGUGGAAGGACACUGUGCAGGAGCUGGAGGCCCUGGGCGUGGGGAUUGGCGUGGUGGAUGUUGGCUAUGAGCGGCGCUUGGCUAAUCACCUUGGUGCCCACCGUACCCCCUCCAUAUUAGGGCUCAUCAAUGGUAAAGUCACCUUCUUCCACUACGCCGUGGUCAGAGAGCAUCUCAGGCAGUUUGUUGAGGAUUUGCUCCCUCAGCGGCUGGUCGAGAAGGUCACAGACAGGAAUGACCUUGAGUUCUUGAACAGUUGGCAUGAGCAAAACAAGCCCCAUGUGUUGCUGUUCGACCAGGUUCCCACGGUCCCUCUCCUGUUCAAGCUGACCGCCUUCGCCUACAAAGACUACUUGCAGUUUGGCUAUGUGGACCAGGGCCUGUCGGAGACUGCAAACCUACUGAGGCAGUUUAACAUCAACACCUACGCACCUACCAUGCUCGUCUUCAAGGAGAAUACAGACAAGCCAGCCGACAUUAUACAGGCCAAAGGGAUGAAGAAGCAAAUCAUUGAUGAGUUUGUCUCCAACAAUAAGUUCCUCCUGGUGCCUCGACUAGUGAACCAGAAGCUGUUUGACGAGCUCUGUCCGGUGAAACAGUUCCACAGGCGCCGGAAGUACUGUGUCCUACUGAUCACUGGGGAAGAAGAGUCCUUUACCGCCGGGAAUAAGGCCUUCCUCUCCCUCGCCUCCUCCAACACCAAGGAGGUGCUGAGGUUUGCUUACGUCUACCACAGGCAGCAGCAGCCCCUAUGUGACAUCCUGCUGAAAAACAGAGACAGCACGCCUCCUCAGGUGGUGAUCCUGGAGAGGCGCAACACAGCAGGGAAGGUCCUCUAUAAGCCAGUGACGGGUGGCUGGAACGGCAGUGAGGAGGAUAAACACCGCCUCCUGGAGGAGCUGGAGCGCCUGCAGAAAGACCCCUCCAUCCUCAACUACGACGCCAUGCUGCCGGAGCUCAACAACGAGUUUGCCUCGAUGUUUCUCAUCCAGUGGAUGUACACAGCAUAUGAUUACCUCUCUCAAAUCGGUGAUGACCUCCUUCACAACAACUGGCGUGAAAUGAUGCCUCUGCUGUCUCUGAUAUUCUCAGCAUUGUUCAUCUUAUUCGGCACAGUUGUCAUCCAGGCCUUCAGUGACUCCAGUGAGGAGAAGCAGUCAAAACCAAAGCCAAAAGAUGAAAUGAAGACGGAGAAUGGAUCGCCCAGCACUGCAAACACAUCGAGUCGUCCCCCGAAGAAGAACUUUGUGGAGGUGACAGAGCUGACGGACAUCACAUACACCAGCAACCUGGUGAAGCUGAGACCUGGCCACAUCAACGUGGUGCUGGUGCUUACCGACGCCUCCAAGAACGUCCUGCUGAGCAAAUUCGCCAAGGAGGUCUACUCUUUCACUGGGAGCCUGACCCUACACUUCUCCUUCCUGAAUGUGGAUAAGCACAGCGAGUGGAUGGACGCGCUUAUGGAGUUCGCCCCGGACGCCUUGAAAAUGGACGGCGACGAGGACGAUGCCAACCACAAGAUUGACUACACGGGCUACGUGCUGGCCCUCAACGGCCACAAGAAGUACCUCUGCCUCUUCAAGCCCGUCUACACGGGGGAGGACCUGGAGAGCAAGUCCUCGGAGGAGGAGGGGGCCAGCGGGGGCCGGUCCAGGUCGGGCUCCAGGGAGGAGCAGCAGCACCCCCGCAAGACCGUUCCCCGGUCCCGCUCCACCUCCACCCUCCAGAUCCACCACAAACUGGACCGCCUGGGCCUCUGGAUGGAGCGACUGAUGGAGGGAACCUUGCCCCGGCACUACAUCCCUGCUUGGCCCGGCCUGGAGAAAAUAACAGCCAACAAAUAGACCCUUCUUCAGAGGCUUGAACCCUCCAUGAAUGCCUGUAUGCCCCCUCCACAGAUGCAGCUCCCUCUCCUAUUGGUGCACUACUGGGAAUACAGGAGGCCCCCCAAAAAACUGCCAGCCAGUUUUUAAAGGAGUAUGGUUGACCAUGCUGCAUUCAAGGAUCUCUUUGGUAGUGAUGUUUUUUUUUUUUUUUGAAGGAAACGUAAUGUAGGAAAACUUGGGAGGUUGGGUUCUCACCCUGAAAGUGCUGAUGGCCACCAGGAUCCCUGAAGUGUAGACGUGGUUUCCCCCAUGCUGGUUUUUUUCAGUACCAAUAGUGCUUUUUUGCUUUAAAGCCCAACUUCCCUAUUAUCAGUCCAGCUGCAAAUGUCAUAUUCUCAUCCAGUUUGCUACUAGCUUCCUUCCUGCAUGUAUUUGUUCCUUUGUAUUGUCCAACAGUUAUAACUGCUGCUAUACAUACCCAUAGACUAACAAAUUGAAUCACUGUGAGCGUAUAUAUGUUUCUGACUUGGCAGACCCUUGUCUUAUUCUCUGAGGAUUUUCUGUCAUUCUUUGGCAAGUCUCAUUGACCGCAGAUGCUCAGCUGUGGCUUUUUGCCACUGUGAACUGAGCCAUGUGUCAGACUGUCAAGUUUAAAUGCCACGUUACCAUCAUCUUCCUCUAGACUCUCAAGCUAGCACAUUUGAGUCUUGACAUUUCUUUCAUGCUUGUGCAAGUCCAUUAAUAAGCCUUCCGUUAUGUUAUGUGGCUUUGCUUAACCUUAUUUGGUGCUUUUCUUUAUCAGUAUGACAUAAUGAGAAAGGACAAAACAGUCAGCCACACUUCCAUUUCUGUUUCUUAUUUUUAUGCAUGUUCAAAAUCAGAUAUUUGCUUGGUGUGUGCUUGGUUUGUUGUUGCUACUGCAGCAUGUAACAUGCUACUUUCUAAAAAAACCCACCUAAUCCUCAUUAAACCAGUUUAUGGAUUCCCCUUCAGACAAAAAAGCCCUCUGCCCACCAAUGGCAGUAUGUAGCGGCAAAGGCUGUUCAGCUCAUGCUGUAGAAAUGGUGCUCUUAAAUGGUACCAGUUGCAUAGUGUAAAUACAUCUCUUAUAGUUACUGAAGUAAAGAACAUGUUCAUACUUUAUAACCACUCUAUGAUCUACUGCCAUUAACUAUCCAAGUAUAUGAUUUUUUGCAUACUGUAACCCAACUGGUAGGAUGCCGUAUACUAUGAAUUUCGGAAAGCUGCUUAGGAAUGACGUGCUGCGAUUGGCUGUGAAGGCCAGCUGUUCACUGAGGCUAAGCGUCCUCCAUGUACACUAAUACAUUCAAGAGAAUGCCAAGUGAACCUGUCUUCCACCGUGUGCUCCCAUUCUACCCGAAAGUGAAGCCGCGUAUCCCUGCAGCUCAACAUACCUGGCAUCGCCCCCAUUGCCUUGACAGCGGUCUGCGACAGACUCUGGUUGUUGACUUUUCUCCAUGCUUUUGUUCAAAUGAGUCAGCCCUCUGAGCGCAGCUGGGCAACACCCAAGUGCACACAAUUCAACGGCUAGGCCACAGGGCGAAAACUCCUCCAGGCCUCUUUUCAUUCGGGCAAUAGUGGCCUGAAUUUGGCCUAAAAGGUGGCUUUCGUGUCCAGUGGCGUUGCGUUAAGUAGUAUAGGACAGAAGGGGUGGGCCAUCUUGGCUCAGCCAUUGCUUGAGUCCGCAUGCAGCGUGGGCAGAAAUACUGGAAUGUCUCCGUAACAUAUAACUACGUCCGUCUGAAAAAAGGUCCGUAGUACCACUGAUGCAAAUAAGUCUGUUUACCUAUUUUUCAACAGUAAGUCUUAAGUUAUGAGUGUGUGUGUCUGGCGGGGG